AUGUCAUUACCGUUCCUUACCUCUGCGCCGGGAAAGGUUAUUAUUUUUGGCGAACAUUCUGCUGUGUACAGCAAGCCUGCCGUGGCUGCCAGUGUGUCUGCAUUGAGAACCUACUUGCUAAUAAGUGAAUCUUCCAAACCAGACACUAUUGAAUUGGACUUCCCAGAUAUUAGCUUUAAUCACAAAUGGUCCAUAAACGAUUUCGAUACCAUCACCAAGGAUCAAGUAAACUCCCAAAAAUUGGCUAAGGCUCAACAAGCCACCGAUGGCUUAUCUCAAGAACUCGUUAGUCUUUUAGAGCCGCUGUUAGCUCAACUGUCCGAAUCUUUUCAUUACCAUGCAGCGUUCUGUUUCCUGUACAUGUUUGUUUGUUUAUGUCCACAUGCCAAGAAUAUUAAGUUCUCUUUAAAAUCUACUUUACCCAUUGGCGCUGGGUUGGGCUCAAGCGCCUCCAUUUCAGUGUCACUAGCCUUGGCUAUGGCCUAUCUGGGAGGAUUAGUAGGAUCUAAUGAAUUGCAAAAGUUGUCGGAAAGCGAUAAGCAUAUAGUGAAUCAAUGGGCCUUCAUAGGUGAAAAGUGUAUUCACGGUACUCCUUCAGGAAUAGAUAACGCUGUGGCCACUUAUGGUAAUGCUUUGUUAUUUGAAAAAGACUCCCACAAGGGAACCAUUAACACAAACAAUUUCAAAUUCCUAGACGAUUUCCCGGCCAUUCCAAUGAUCUUGACUUAUACUAGAAUCCCAAGGUCCACUAAAGAUCUAGUGGCAAACGUUCGUGUGUUGGUCACCGAGAAAUUUCCUGAAGUCAUGAAAUCGAUUUUAGAUGCUAUGGGUGAAUGUGCUUUACAAGGGUUGGAGAUCAUGACCAAAUUAAGUAAAUGCACAGGUACAGAUGACGAAGCUGUAGAAACCAAUAAUGAAUUGUAUGAACAAUUACUAGAAUUGAUAAGAAUAAAUCAUGGGCUGCUUGUCUCUAUCGGCGUUUCUCAUCCUGGAUUAGAGCUCAUUAAAAAUCUGACCGAUGAUUUAAGAAUUGGCUCCACAAAACUUACCGGUGCUGGUGGAGGUGGUUGCUCUUUAACCUUGUUACGCAGGGAUAUCAAUCAAGAGCAAAUCGAUAGUUUCAAAAAAAAACUACAAGACGAUUUUAGUUACGAGACAUUUGAAACAGACUUGGGUGGUACUGGCUGCUGUCUGCUAUGCGCAAAAGAUUUAAAUAAAGAUCCUAAAACCAAGGCCCUUGUAUUCCAACUAUUCGAGAAUAAAGCUACCACGAAGCAACAAAUUGACGAUUUAUUAUUGCCAGGAAGCACAAAAUUACCAUGGACUUCAUAA